AUGGCAACUCAUGUGUCCACAUACACCCCAAGGGAUGUCCCGGUUCCGCCAGUGCCUUCGGCCACUUACUUCUCGGAGUUGCAGUGGAAAACCCUCUAUGCGCUGGCUGACGCAGUUGUGCCCUCCAUCCACACUGCAGCAACUGUCAAGUCAUCAAACGACCGAGUGAUUUCAGAUGCAGAGUGGAAUGCUGCCGUAUCGAACUUGUCAACGUUGAUUUCUGGACCCGAUGCCGUGAAGAUUGCCACCCAAUAUCUGCAAGAAAAUGUUUCUUCGAACCCGCACUUUCGGGCCAUAGUGGAGCGACUUCUGGGCAACCAGGUGCAUGAUGAGGGAAGGAAUGGGUUUGGCUUGAUUAUGACGGCGCUCAAUACCCGUGCCGGCUCCCUGAUCAUGACGGGUUCAAUCACUCCGAUCCAGGACCAACCGGUAGAAUUCCGGGAAAAGGUCUUGCGUGGAUGGGACACCUCUCGAUUGCCCCCUCUCCGCGCCAUCUAUCGAGGACUCACCGCCAUCGUCAAAAAAUGCUGGGUUACCACCAGUCCAACCAUAGGUCCAGUUCUGGGCUUCCCACGCAUCCCUGUUCAUGGUCAGCCCGCCGACGGUUACCAGUAUGAGUUUUUGCAAUUUUCUUCUGGGGAUCAGCCGGAAAUGAUUGAAACCGAUGUUGUUAUCGUGGGAAGUGGCUGCGGUGGUAGCGUGGCCGCAAAGAACCUAGCCGAAGCGGGCCAUCGAGUGCUGGUUGUGGAAAAGUCCUAUUCGUAUCCGUCCGACACCUUCCCCAUGGGCCCGAGCGAGGGAUUUACCAACAUGUUUGAGAACGGAGGUACACUCUCCACCGAUGAUGGGUCGAUGGCAGUCUUGGCCGGCUCAACGUGGGGCGGUGGUGGUACCAUUAACUGGUCGGCAUCUCUACAGACUCAGGGGUAUGUCCGACAGCAAUGGGCAGAUACCGGUCUACCUUUCUUCACCUCCCUUGACUUCCAGAAAAGUUUGGACCGGGUCUGUGAUCGCAUGGGUGUUAAUGAGGACCAUGUUGAGCAUAACCGCCAGAAUCGGGCGCAAGGAAACUGGGCUAUGCUGCCAAAACAGUGCCCCAAAACACGGGUCACGGCGAGCACUACUGUGGGUAUUGCACGUUGGGAUGCGCUUCGGGGGAAGAAAGGUCCAACGGAGUCAUAUCUUGUGGACGCUGCCCAGGCUGGCGCGAGAUUUAUGGAAGGUUUCUGUGCCGACAAGGUGCUCUUCACCAACAUCAAGGGGAGAAAGGUUGCUUCUGGCGUGCAAGGAACUUGGAAGUCGCGCGAUUCAUACUUGGAGCUCGGUGGUGUUCGGGCCAUCGAGCGUAAGGUGAUCAUCAAGGCCAAGAAAGUAGUUGUAUCGGCUGGCACAUUGCAAAGUCCCCUUCUGCUACUGCGCAGUGGCUUGAAGAAUCCUCAGAUUGGCCGAAACCUUUAUCUUCACCCAGUUAUGGCAGCUGGUGCUGUCUUCGAUGAGGAGACCCGCCCCUGGGAAGGCUCAGCACUGACAACGGUUGUCAAUGAAUUUGAGGACCUUGAUGGGGAUGGACAUGGUGUGAAGAUCGAAUCUCUCUCAAUGAUGCCCUCCUUGUUUAUUCCGAUGUUCCCUUGGCGAGACUCAUUGGAGUACAAGCUGUGGGCGGCGAAGCUGCGCCGCAGCACUGGCUUUAUCACCUUGACCAAAGACCGCGAAUCUGGCCGUGUCUACCCGGAUCCCGUUGAUGGACGCUGCCGAAUUGACUAUACUGUCUCUGCGUUUGACCGAAAACACAUUGUGGAGGCCAUAAUAGCCAGCGCCAAGAUUGCGUACAUCACAGGCGCCACAGAGUUCCAUACCGCUUACCGUGACCUUCCUCCAUUCAUCCGGCCAGAUGCUUCAGACCCCGAGGCCCCUGAGGGCACCAACGAUGCGGCCCUGCAGAAUUGGAUUGCCGAGCUUCGUCGGAAGUCCCCUUUGAACCCGGAGCGUGGGCUUUUUGCCAGCGCACACCAGAUGGGCACCUGCCGCAUGAGCAAGUCACCUAAAGCAGGUGUGGUAGAUCCGGAUUGUCAAGUCUGGGACACGGACGGGUUGUACGUUGUGGAUGCGUCGGUGUUCCCUAGCGCUAGCGGUGUGAACCCAAUGAUCACUAACAUGGCGAUCGCCGAUUGGGCUAGCCGAAACCUCGCGCGGGCGAUGGGAACGGUACGAGGUGAGGGCAACGUGAUGGCUCGUCUGUGA